CAUUUAAGACCUCAGUCAUCGUAUUCUUUGCCACAUGGCAGCAAUGGUCCCGGUCGAUGGAGCUGGUCCGGUAGCAAUUCUUCUUCUUUUGAUAGAAGACAAUUGAAGGUACCUCCUCAACCGGCUAGACCAGCACCUGUCAGACCUGGAAAUAAUAGAACUAACAACAAUAAGGUCGAUCCUGAGCUGAUCUUCACAAAACAGGAGAAGAUCGGCAAGGGUUCCUUUGGUGAAGUCUUCAAAGGUGUCGAUAACAGAACACAGCAAGUGGUCGCCAUUAAAAUAAUUGACCUCGAGGAAGCCGAAGAUGAAAUCGAGGACAUUCAACAGGAGAUUAUGGUGCUGUCACAGUGUGAUAGCCCAUACGUUACCAAAUAUUACGGAUCAUACUUGAAGGGAACUAAAUUAUGGAUUAUUAUGGAAUACCUCGGCGGGGGGUCGGCCUUGGAUCUGAUGAAGGCUGGCAGCUUCGAGGAGAUGCAUAUAGCGGUUAUACUAAGAGAAGUGUUGCGUGGCCUCGACUACUUGCACUCCGAGAGGAAACUGCAUAGGGACAUCAAAGCUGCGAACGUACUCCUCAGCGAAAUGGGUGACGUCAAACUAGCUGAUUUUGGUGUCGCGGGCCAAUUAACGAAUACGACUAGCAAAAGGAACACGUUCGUCGGUACACCGUUCUGGAUGGCACCUGAGGUCAUAAAACAGUCGUGUUACGAUAGCAAGGCUGACAUCUGGUCGCUUGGCAUCACAGCCAUAGAACUGGCAAAGGGUGAACCUCCUAACUCGGAACUCCAUCCCAUGAGAGUACUCUUCCUCAUACCUAAGAAUAACCCCCCACAACUGACAGGCAGUUACUCGAAGCCAUUCAAAGAGUUUGUAGAGGCCUGCUUGAAUAAGGAUCCCGAAAAUAGACCAACGGCGAAGGAGUUACUAAAGUUCCAAUUCAUCAGGAAGGCCAAAAAGAAUUCAUAUUUAAUGGACCUCAUAGACAGGUAUAAGAAGUGGAAGGCGCAAAGGAGCGAAGAGAGCGAGACGGAAUCUGAGAACUCUGACUCUGAGGAAGGUGGUCGAGGUGACGGAGAGGCAGAUGAGCCUUGGAUCAUGACUGUGAGGGGAGGAGCCGCCGCGCGGGGACUACAUGCACAUACGGAAGAUAGGAGGCGACAGGGAGAUGAUAUUGUGAGCUCUCCCACAUCAGCCAACAAACAGAACGGUUCGGUUUCUCACGAGCCGGCGCACGACAACCACAAGAUGGCGCCCACUAUUAAUAAUAACACCAACGACAAGCACGCCUCACGCCAAUCUCCCAUGGUGUCCCCGAGUGUCGAGAGGGCGAAAGAGCGAGAUAGAGAACGAGAGAGAGAGAGGGAGAGGGAGAGAGAAAGAGAGAGGGAGAAGGACGAGCGGAAGGAGAGGGAGAGAGAACACAGAGAGUCUUCCAACAGAGACAGUGUAGUUUAUAAUAAUAAGGCUUCCUCACCGUUGGACCACAGAGGAACGAACAAUGAAGAGAAUAAAGUGAGGCGGCAUGCGUACCUACAACAGCUGAUAUACCCACUACUGAAUGAGUUGUCUCGUAAACACGGCUCGAGCAGCGCGGCCGCUGUGGAGGAGCUCCGGCGGGCUUUUGAGAGCGCCGAGCGAGCCGCUCCACACCUCACUAGAGCGUUCGUACAACAGGUCGUACAGAGGGUAGCAACACAGUCGCACGCGCCGCCCGCACACGGUUCGCAGUGGAUGAGAUUUGACAACUAA